AGUGUCUUCUCCAUCUCUCUUAGAAUCCUUGUUGCUUCCAGUUGUAAGGGUUUUCAAAUAGACGUAGCUCGGGAUCUCGUUGUUGCCACUUUUCGCACCAUGCUCGUUCCUGUGGGAACUUUGAUGGCCAAUCCUGACAUUCGCAAAAGACCAUUCGAUGUCCUUUCUGCAAUUCUUGGAGAGGACGGUUUACAUUGACGGCGUCGGGGUUAUCAUUGCGUUUCUUUCCUGCAGUAGACGCCUCGCAUUUGCCGUUUAUGCGCCACGAAAGUAAUCGUUCCAGUUCUGUGAUUUGGUGCUUCGCUACUCGGAUUGGAUCCUUCAUCACGCGCCAGUGAUUCACUGUGUAGCAAGGAGGGACUGUCAUCGACCCCUCGUAUCGGUAAUAGUAUUCCGUUCCAACCUUGAGAAGCCACUCAUAUGGCCACCAAUGGACAUCUUCGUAAUUCUCCUUAAAAGAAGUUUGGAGCUGUCGCCGUUGGAACGCACUGUGGAGCUCCCGAAAGUAUGCAUCUUCGUCCUUCAAGCCCUUCUUUACGAAGUUUUCUUCUCGAACGAUCAACUUGCGAUCCAUCGGGUUGAACUUCACGUCAUUCGGGCCAAGAUCUUUAGGAUUCUCUUUGUGCCAUAGCCUCAUCUCUUCUUUAGUCAUGGCUUUAAGUUCAGGAUCAGCAGCAGAUUCUAAUAAUAAUCUGCUAGUGCUGAAUUCUUUAGAAGGAUGGCAACAAUAAUGGCAUAUCCGCUCCCAAUUUCCAGCAUUCUCAUCUAUUUGUUCUUUGCAAUAUUUUGUAUUUGCAAAGGCUGGAUCGCAGCAACUUUCAUCCUUACAGAUUCUGGCCGAAUUGUCAAGCUCAGAACACAUUUCGUUUGUGUAUGGUUCAAGCCCAUCUUUUGGCUUAUUCGGUUCUCCUACAGCAUAAGAUUCUUGACGAACCUCAAGACAACAAUGAUGACAUACCGAAUAGAUAUCAUCUCCAAAAAUACCGUAAUUUUGGUGACAGUAGUUGCUGUUAGAUCGCGGAACUUUGCAACACAUAUCCUUGUGGUCAUUGUCGCAAAAUCGAUUCAUAUUCACCCCACCAUAUUUACCGCAAUCGACAGGUGGUGGCACAUCACUUCUACUCGAAACCAACUGAGUUUCAGAGAUCGGAACAAUACUGACUGGAGCCGGAGCAGGCCGGGAUGGCACAGCUGGAACUGGAUUUUUUGCCUCGAUAACAAGUGCUGGGGUCGUAGUGUUACGUGUAUCAGUCACACAAUAGUCCAUAAGUGAAGUGUCUAGCUCCCCACCAGCGCAUCCCGGAACGGGUGUUCGUGGAGUAAAACGCUGAAAGCAUACAAGACCAGAGCCACAGUCAUCAUCGACAUCGCAAUCGCCCUCACAGAGCUGUAAAGGCAGGCGCUCCUUUGGAGGACUCCACGAGAUCCCAUUCACUUGUAUAACAGGUUCAUCGUCUGACUCAGUUGCUUCUGUAUCUGUAGCAGCCACUGGAGAAUUUGUAGGCUCUUUCGUUGGUGGGUUCGUUGGUGAUUCUGUAUCAGAACGAGUGAUGACAAUUUCAAUAUCCUGCUCGAUAAUGUCAUUUGGAUCCAAUGGAGGAUAGGAACAGUAAUCGGUCAAAGUAGUGUCGUCCUCUCCGCCGGUACAUCCGGGAACAGCUACUCCAGCUGUUUCUCUACUGAAGCAAAUAAGACCUGGCAAGCAGUCACUGUCGUUGUCACAAUCACCUUCGCACUCGUCAAGCAAAAAGUUUGGUUCCCACCCACGGUUCACCAAGUUUUUGGGAGUUCCCGUAGGGCGUGGGACGAGCGGCACCGGAGCUCUUGAAGUUGGGGCAGUAGUCGGAAUAUUAGUUGGCGGCUUGCUAGCCACAGGAGAAGCAGUAGGAACUGCAACUGGAGUCACGGUAUUCUUCAAAGGAGGAGGAGUUCCUUGGUCUUUGUAACCGUCGCCGCGAGGGUCCACGAUGCAAUAGUCCGUCAUCAACGAAUCGGCUUCACCCCCAAUGCACCCAGGAAUGGCCUGAUUAGAAGUUCGCUGAAAGCAAAUCAAACCUUGAGCGCAGUCAUCAUCACUAUCGCAAUCUCCUUGGCAUCUUUGGAGAGGAAAUGCAUCGGCUGGGGGAUCUCCACCAAAGUCUACGGCUUGGAUUGGAGGAAGAGGAGUAAUGGUCGGACUGACUGUCUUCGUCGGAGCAUUAGUAGGUUUCUCUGUUGGAACGUUGUAUCCGGCACCGAAGGGGUCAAAUACACAGAAAUCGGAACCAGUGUUAUCAUCCUCUCCACCGAUGCAGCCGGGAACUGGUUCAUUUGCAUCGCGUCGAUGACAAAUCAAUCCUGGGGCACAGUCCUCGCUGAAGUCGCAAUCACCCUGGCAGAGUUGCAAAGGAAAACGUUUCGCAUCAGGAUUUUCUCCAAAGUUUUCAAGCGGAAUAGCAUUUGGACGGUUCAUUUGGCCAUCAUUCGAUGUUGGAGUCUCAACGGUUUCUUCGAAGAAUUCGAAAUCCUCUGCCGUGCGUUCUUGGCCACGAUAUAGCUCACACAUUUUAUAAACA